AUGCCUGUGUUUGGUGUUGCCGCAAAGCUAAGGCACGGAUCUGUAGGGUCACAGCCUGCUGAUACUGUCCAUACAAUCCCAAAUUUUGGCACAAGCGGGUCACAGCAGUAUUUAUCAAAAUCUCUGGAGCUUUCCAGGACUGAGAACUCAAUGAUUUCUUGUCAGAUUAUGUUAGAGUCAACCUCUGAUUUUGGAGAAGUAAAAGCACUUCCGGGAAAAGGCAAGGAUACGCAAGACAGCAAGAUUUACACUGACUGGGCUAAUCAUUAUCUAGCAAAAUCUGGCCACAAACGGCUGAUCAAAGAUUUGCAACAGGACAUUGCAGAUGGAGUUCUACUAGCAGAAAUCAUCCAGAUUAUUGCAAAUGAAAAAGUUGAUGAUAUCAAUGGUUGUCCUCGAAGCCAAUCUCAAAUGAUUGAGAAUGUUGAUGUAUGCCUUAGCUUUCUGGCAGCCAGAGGAGUAAAUGUCCAAGGUCUUUCUGCUGAAGAAAUAAGAAAUGGAAAUUUGAAAGCCAUUUUAGGACUGUUUUUCAGUUUGUCUCGUUAUAAACAGCAGCAGCACCAACAACAGCAGUACUAUCAGUCCUUGGUAGAGCUACAGCAACACAUCUCUCAUUCUCCGAAUCCUCCUGAGAGUGGCCAAUCCAAAACUCAGCAAGAUAUGCAGUCCAGUCUGACAGCCAGAUAUACAACUCAGUCUAAUCACAGUGGAAUUGCAACCAGUCAAAAAAAGCUUUCUAGGCUUCCUGGGCCUUCACGGGUGCCAGCUGCAGGCAGCAGUACCAAAGUCCAGGGAGCUUCCAAUUUAAAUCGAAGAAGUCAGAGCUUUAAUAGCAUUGACAAAAACAAACCUCCGCAAUAUGCAAAUGGAAAUGAAAAAGAAUCACCCAAAGGUCCUCACCCAUCUGCAGGUAUAAAUGGAAAUGUACAGCAUCCCACCACCACUGGGCAGCAGCUGGUCUCUGCCAUCCCCUCUCCAAGUGCCAGCAAGCCUUGGCGCAGCAAAUCAAUGAAUGUGAAACACAGUGCCACCUCUACCAUGCUGUCUGUGAAGCAGCAGAGCCCUGAAACCUCACCUACACCACCUGCAGACAGGCUAAAGCCACCUCUUUCUGAAGCUCCUAAAACACCUUCGUCUGGGCAGAAAUCCAUGUUAGAGAAAUUCAAACUGGUUAAUGCUCGGACUGUUUUACGGCCCCCUCUGUCAUCAUCAAAUUCAGGUCCUGCUAACAGUGGAAAGGAUGAUGAAGCUUUUUUAGAGUGUGUUGAAGUGGAUGGCUUCAGUGGUGGGCUCAGUACUGCUGGAUUUACCACCAACAGCACCAAAAUAUCCCCUAAAUUAACUCCUCCGAAAACUGGAAGCAAAAAUAUCAGCAAUAAAAAGUCUUUGCUGCAGCCAAAAGAUAAAGAAGAAAAGAACAAAGAUAAAAAUAAAGUUUGCACUGAAAAGGUGGCAAAGGAUGAAAAGGAACAGAUGCCUGAGACACCCACCAAAAAGACCUCAAAAAUUGCAAGCCUGAUUCCCAAGGGGAGCAAAGCAACUUCAGCCAAGAAAGAAAGUUUAAUUCCUUCAUCUAGUGGUAUUCCAAAACCUGGUUCAAAAGUACCUACAUCAAAGCAGAAUAGUUCACUAGUAUCUUCAGGAAGUAAAGAGACAGAAAAACUGAGGAAUGCAAAAGGAAACCACUCCUCAACUAUGGCAAAAUCCCAAGGGAAUGAGAAAAUCUAUGUUCCUUCCAGUCUCUCAUCUUCUGAAGGAAAAGAGGCUAGUAGUACAUCAUUUUCUUCUCCUUCAAUGGCUGCAGCCAGUGGGCAUGUCCCAGGAAGUAGUAUUGUCCAUCUUCCUCAGCAGCAACAAUACAGCCAUCCCAAUACAGCCACUGUAGCACCAUUUAUUUAUAGAGCUCAUUCGGAAAAUGAUAGCUCUUCUAUCCCAUCUUCUGACUCUUGUAUCAGUCCUACAAAAUUGGAUUUGGCAUACAGUAAAACUGCCAAGCAAUGUCUCGAGGAAAUAUCUGGGGAAGAUCCUGAAACAAGAAGAAUGAGAACUGUAAAGAAUAUAGCUGAUCUGAGACAGAACUUGGAAGAAACUAUGUCCAGUCUUAGAGGAACUCAAAUAAGCCACAGCACACUGGAAACAACAUUUGACAGUACUGUGACAACUGAAGUAAAUGGACGAAGCAUUCCUGGUUUACCAAGCCGAUCUUCUCCAGUGACCUGGAGGCUUGGACAAGCUAGUCCUCGACUCCAGGCAGGUGAUGCUCCUUCCCUGGGUGGAGGGUACCCUCGCAGUGGUGCUAGUCGCUUCAUCCAUACUGACCCUUCUCGAUUCAUGUACACCACACCUCUUCGUCGUGCAGCCAUCUCUCGUCUUGGCAACAUCCCCCAAAUUGACAUGGGUGAAAAAGGAAAUAGUGACCUGGACAUUUCCUCUGAUGUUGAUGUUGGAGGGUACAUGAGUGAUGGGGACAUUCUUGGGAAGAGCCUUCGAGCUGAUGACAUCAACAGUGGUUACAUGACUGAUGGAGGGCUCAAUCUAUACACAAGAAGUUUGAAUCGAAUUCCUGACAUAGCUGCCUCUCGAGAUGUCAUUCAAAGAGGAAUUCAUGAUGUGACAGUGGAUGCAGACAGUUGGGAUGAUAGCAGUUCUGUUAGCAGUGGCCUCAGUGAUACUUUGGAUAACAUCAGCACAGAUGACCUCAAUACUACAUCAUCGGUCAGUUCUUAUUCUAACAGUACUGCUUCUUCAAGAAAGAAUAUACCCACCCAUCUGAAGACAGAUUCUGAAAAACGUUCAGUAACUGAUGGAGAACCUUGGGGGAGCAGUGAAGAACUGAAGAAGCCAGAGGAAGAUCUUGAGGCCAAUCUUGACAACAGUGGCAAGUGGAGGAGCCAUCCUUCUGGUUUGCUUGAGGAGGCUGAGAAAGGAGGACAAAAAGCUAUUCUUCCCAUUUCUCAGACUGGCUCUUGGAGAAGAGGCAUGACUGCACAAGUGGGAGCAACAUCAUCUAGGCACAAAGCUGGAGGAAGUACUAUCAAGACAUCUGGAAAAACAGAUGAUGCCAAAGCUUCUGAAAAAGUAAAAACUCCCCUGAAAGGAGCUUCCAUUCAGCGUUCCCCUUCAGAUGCAGGAAAAAGCAGUGGAGAUGAAGGGAAAAAACCUCCUUCUGGAAUUGGCAGAUCAACAGCCACAGGUUCCUUUGGUUUUAAGAAAACUGGGGUCAGCUCUUCAACAAUAAUCACUGCAAGUGGAGCAACCAUAACAAGUGGUUCUGCAACUUUGGGGAAAAUGCCUAAAUCUGCAGCCAUUGGCGGAAAAUCAAAUGCAGGGAGAAAGACCAGUCUAGAUGGUUCUCAGAAUCAAGAAGAUGGUGUCUUACAUAUGAGUUCAAAGACCACUUUGCAGUAUCGAAGUUUACCACGUCCUUCAAAAUCAAGCACAAGUGGGAUUCCUGGCCGAGGUGGACACAGAUCUAGCACCAGCAGCAUCGACUCUAAUGUCAGCAGCAAGUCUGCCAGUGCUGCUGCCACUAACAAACUGAGGGAACCUACAAAGAUUGGCUCAGGACGAUGUAGUCCAGUAACAAUCAACCAGACGGACAAAGAAAAGGAAAAAGUAGCAGUAUCUGAUUCUGAGAGUGUAUCCUUGUCUGGUUCUCCCAAAUCAAGUCCAACUUCAGCUAGUGCCUGUGGAACACCAAGUCUCAGACAACCUGGUUCAAAAUACCCAGAUAUUGCCUCACCUACAUUUAGAAGGUUGUUUGGUGCCAAAGCCAGUGGCAAAGCUGCCACUGCACCAAAUACAGAAGGCGUGAAAUCUACAUCUGCCAUGCCUAGCCCUAGUACCACAUUAGCUCGGCAAGGCAGUCUGGAAUCUCCAUCUUCAGGUACAGGUAGCAUGGGCAGUGCAGGUGGGCAGAGUGGAAGCAGUAGCCCCCUCUUCAAUAAGCCCUCGGACUUAAAUACAGAUGUUGUAGGCCUAAGUCACUCCUUGGCUUCAAGUCCAGCCUCAGCCCAUUCUUUUACAUCAGGUGGUCUUGUGUGGGCUGCAAACCUGAGUAGUUCUUCUGCUGGUAGUAAAGAUACACCAAGUUACCAGUCAAUGACUAGCCUUCACACCAGCUCUGAAUCUAUUGAUCUCCCUCUUAGUCAUCAUGGCUCCCUCUCUGGAUUGACCACAAGCACUCAAGAAGUUCAGAGCCUGCUCAUGAGAACUGGAAGUGUCAGAUCUACUCUUUCAGAAAGCAUGCAGCUUGACAGAAAUACACUGCCCAAAAAGGGAUUAAGGUAUACUCCAUCUUCUCGCCAGGCUGGUCAAGAGGAAGGGAAAGAGUGGCUACGUUCACAUUCUACUGGAGGUCUACAAGACACUGGACAUCAGUCUCCCCUGGUUUCUCCAACAGCUAUGUCUUCCUCUGCAACUGGCAAAUAUUUCUCUAAUUUAGUAAGUCCAACAAAUUUAUCCCAGUUCAAACUUUCUGGACCUAGUAUGAUGAGAUCAAACAGCAAUCCUGCACAAGAUUCUUCAUUCGAUCUCUAUGAUGAUUCUCAGUUGUGUGGUAGUGCUACAUCCUUAGAGGACAGACCUCGUGCAAUUAGUCAUUCUGGUUCAUUCAGAGAUAGUAUGGAAGAAGUACAUGGAUCUUCAUUAUCACUAGUUUCCAGCACUUCUUCUCUGUACUCCACAGCUGAAGAAAAGGCACAUUCAGAGCAAAUUCAUAAAUUACGACGGGAACUGGUUGCAUCUCAGGAAAAAGUGGCCACGCUAACAUCACAACUGUCAGCAAAUGCCCAUCUUGUAGCCGCAUUUGAAAAAAGUUUGGGAAAUAUGACAGGCCGGUUACAAAGCCUAACAAUGACAGCUGAACAAAAGGAAUCAGAACUCAUAGAAUUACGGGAAACCAUUGAAAUGCUGAAAGCACAGAACUCAGCUGCACAGGCUGCUAUUCAAGGAGCUCUGAAUGGCCCUGACCACACUCAGAGAGAUUUGCGAAUAAGGCGACAACAUUCAUCUGAAAGUGUUGCCAGCAUCAAUAGUGGUACAAGCCAUUCAAGCAUGGGUAGCAGUAAUGAUGCUGAUUCUAAAAAAAAGAAAAAGAAAAAUUGGGUGAACUCUAGAGGAAGUGAGCUAAGGAGUUCAUUCAAACAAGCUUUUGGGAAGAAGAAGUCAUCAAAAACCCCUUCCUCUCAUUCUGACAUAGAAGAAGUCACAGAUUCAUCUGUUCCAUCCUCACCCAAAUUACCUCAUGGCUCUGGUGACUGUGGAUCUACUUCAAUCAGGCCAUCCCAAUCAACUUCACUGUCAUCUCUAUUCUGGGCUCCAAAGAAAAGGCAAAAUGGUCCCGUGAUCUACAAGCAUAGAUCCCGGAUCUGUGAAUGCACAGAAGCAGAGGCAGAAAUAAUUCUGCAGCUAAAAAAUGAGCUCAGGGAGAAAGAGCUCAAACUUACAGAUAUUCGUCUUGAAGCUCUUAGUUCUGCCCAUCACCUUGACCAAAUUCGGGAAGCCAUGAACCGCAUGCAGAAUGAAAUUGAGAUUUUGAAAGCUGAGAAUGAUCGUUUGAAGGCUGAGACUGGAAGCACUAGCAAACCUAUCAGGCCAUGUUCAGAAUCCUCAAGCAGCACAUCUUCUUCCUCUUCACGACAAUCUCUAGGUCUCUCUUUGAAUAACUUAAAUAUCACAGAUUUAGUUACAUCUGAUAUUUUACUGGAAGAUGUUGCAGAUGGAACUCUCCAUAAAGAAGGCCAGAAUGUUAAGAUUAUUGUCACAAUAAACAAGGGCUAUGGUCGAUCAAAGGACCAAAGAAUACAGGCAUAUUUGAUAGGUUCUAUCAGGGUCAGUGGUAAAACAAAAUGGGAUGUAUUGGACGGUGUAAUUAGACGACUCUUUAAGGAAUAUGUUUUCCGAGUAGAUCCAGCUACUAGCCUUGGUUUGAGCUCAGAUUGUAUAGCUAAUUAUUGCGUAGGUGAUAUAAUUAGAGCCCAUAACCAAGAAGUGCCUGAACUGCUACCUUGUGGAUAUCUGGUUGGAGAUAAUAACAUAAUCACAGUGAAUCUUAAAGGAGUAGAAGAAAAUAGUUUGGAUAGCUUUGUGUUUGAUACAUUAAUUCCUAAACCAAUUAGUCAACGGUACUUUAAUCUACUGAUGGAACAUCACAGGAUUAUCCUAUCAGGACCUAGUGGCACUGGAAAGACCUAUUUAGCCAACAAACUUGCUGAAUACCUGAUAACAAAAUCUGGCCGGAAAAAAAUGGAAGAUGCCAUUAUUACUUUUACUGUUGAUCACAAAUCAAGCAAGGAUGUUCAACAAUAUCUUGUUAAUUUGGCUGAACAGUGCAAUGCUGAUAAUAGUAGUUCUGAUCUUCCUGUGGUAAUAAUUCUUGACAACCUGCACCAUGUUGGUUCUUUGAGUGAUAUCUUCAAUGGUUUUCUUAACUGUAAAUAUAACAAAUGUCCCUAUAUUAUUGGAACAAUGAACCAGGGAGUUUCAUCAUCACCUAAUCUAGAACUGCAUCAAAAUUUCAGAUGGGUGCUGUGUGCUAAUCACACAGAGCCUGUUAAAGGGCUGUUAUCCAGAUAUUUGAGAAGGAAACUGAUUGAAACAGAGCUGGAGAAGAAUAUCCGUAAUAAUGAUCUCAUCAAAAUUAUUGACUGGAUUCCCAAGAUAUGGCAUCAUCUCAACAGCUUCUUAGAAACACACAGUUCUUCUGAUAUAACGAUUGGUCCUCGCCUCUUUCUACCUUGUCCUAUUGAUAUUGAUGGUUCUAGAGUGUGGUUUACUGAUCUCUGGAAUUAUUCUUUGGUGCCAUAUGUAAUGGAAGCGGUGAGAGAAGGACUUCAGAUGUAUGGUAAACGUGCACCUUGGGAAGACCCCUCAAAGUGGAUAGUAGAGACUUGUCCAUGGAGUUCAUUGCAACAUGAUUGGUCAUCAUUACUUCAGUUAAGACCUGAAGAUGUUGGUUAUGAAGGUUAUGCAUCUGCCAAAGAAGGAACCACUUCAAAGCACAUUCCACAGAUGGAAUCAGAAGGAGAUCCGUUGAUGAACAUGCUAUUGAGGCUCAAAGAAGCUGCCACUUACUCAAGUGCCCAGAGCUGUGACAGUGAUACUGCCAGCCACCAUGAUGAUAUGCUGGAUCCUUCACUUGAAUCAACGCUCUAAAGGGGGCAUGACUUUGGUUAGAAGAUGCUGAUAAACCUAUACCCAUGUUAAGGGCUACUGAGGUGGUGUGUAUUUGGGCUGAAAUAGCAUGUGUGUGCUGUGUCAUAUAUAGAGGCACCUGAUUUAAGCACUAAAGCAAAUCAGAAAUGAAAGUUGGAUUUGUUCAGUUUCAAGUGGAAAGAGCCUUUAACAGGGAUGCUAUGAAGCAGAUUGCACACAUAGUAGUCAAACUGGAAUCCACUUAGAGUCUUUUAUUUUCUAUCCCUGUCUUGAAAGUUUACAGUGGAAGCAUUUUAUGUGAUACUUCAAUAUACUUGGAGGUGCUGCAUUCAUAGUUCUCUUGCUCCUCCUCCUCCUCCUCCUCCUCUAACCUCUGUGGUGCCUCACAGCACAUAUUCCAGAUUAUAUUCUGCUGUCCUUUCCAAAAUGAGAUGGACACAAAAUAAAAUAAAAAGAAUGAGAGGGCGUAUAGACUCAAUAAGCACAAAACAGUAUUGUGCAAUUAUCUUAUACAAACAAUACUGUGAUAUGCUGGAUAAGUGCCAAUUUGAUACUAAACUGCCAUAUUUGCAGUGAUGUGGUUCACUAAGUUUUCUGUUUGUGCAUGUGUGUGUGUGUGUGUGUGUGUGUGUAUUGAAAAAAAGUCACCCGUUUUGAUAUCCAAAUUGUUUUUAACCACAGUGGUAUUUUUUAAACACCUGCCCACCUCUUAAGGUUGUUGCUGUUGUUGUUAGGCAAUUCUGAUGCUGACUAAAGGUUUUGGUUAGGACUUUGUUUUGAGUCUUUUGGGUGGGGAAAAAAGAGAUCAUUUCCUAUGGUGCUGUCUCACUGCCUUAAAACCAAUUUCUAGACAAUGUUACACUUGGUUUAAUUUGUUUAAACCAUUGGUUAUUUAUACUGUUUCCUUUCUUCAUUUUACUAAUGAGAGAGCAUCAGUGAACACAGUAGCCUUGUGUUUAUAUAUCAAGAUUUUUUUUAAUUAGGUGGCUAGAAGGAUGAAUUAUUAAUAUAGAUAUAGAUAUAUUAUUUUUAAUCUUCCGUGAAUCAAUGACCUACCAUCCUAAACCAUUCAGAUGACCCAGAAACUACUCCUAGUUAACUAUGAAUGAAAACAAAACAAAAAAGUCCAACAUAGUUAUUUCUAUCCCAUUGGGAAAAAAACUUAAUUAUGACAGAAACAGGGAUGUGUGACAGUUUAUCCAGCAGAGCUGGGUGUGCACCUGAGUUAGCAUGAGCACAAAUCGUUCUUGGUUUUUGUCCCUUCUCUUCCUUCCCCCAUUUGGAGCAUGCUAUUUUAAUUGCAAUUGUUGUAAAUGAAGAAAGUCAGCAUUAAAAAAACACUGACACAGUGCUAUUCACUGUGCAAGACAAAAUGUUUUUACUGUAAGAGGGAAAAGUGGGGAGUGAUUUUGCACAGUUUAUUGGGAGGGUAUUGUAAAUACUGAAAAUAAAAAAGAGUUGCACAAAUGAAAGCAAACAAAACAGUAACAGCAGCAAAAAUACAAAAUUAUACUUUAUUCUAUUAAUGUGAAGAAAUAUUUCAUUUACAGAGAAUACCCAUAUGUUGUAAACAAAGCAAGAGGGCAAUUAGUACUAUCUGUUUUUUAAAAAGACAGAUAAAACCAGAUAUGUUUGUCUUGUAUUUAGAACUGCCAUCACAAGUCCUGAGCUAUCCUUGCUACA